CAUGAAUCGUCGUAGAGGUGGCCGUCAACAGUGUGACAAUUACCAAGAUAGCUUCAGCGGUAGAGGCAGAUAUCGUGAUAAUGUCAACAAUCGGGGAAACUAUAGUUACAAAAACCAGCCUAAUCAAACUUAUGCCAGUCAGAAGUCCGUGAGGUCGAGCAACUCUGACUCGAAUUGGGAGUGUCAGAAGUGCAAUUUUUCCAACUAUUCUAAUAGAGUUUAUUGCUUUAAAUGUGGAGAUUCAAAAGGCUCUCGAUCCUCCUCGCAUGAUUCACCACAGUGGAAAAAGGAAGACAGUUUUGAUCGGCAGAGAGGUCAAAGUAGUGGCCAGACAUAUGAAAAGAGCGAGAAAUGUGAACCGGCAAAUGAAGGACUAAUUGAUUGGGAUGCACUUAUUAAAGCGAGUAAUAAGUAUGAGGCAGAACGUUUGGCUGCUCUGCCACCACUACAAAAGAAUCUUUAUGUUGAAGAUCCUGAGGUCAAGAUUCUCAGUGAAAAAGAAGUGCAGAAUUUCAGAAAGAAGAAUUUCAAUAUAACUGUUCGCUGGGACGAUGGCAACAGUAAGAAAAUACCAAAGCCUGUGCUCACGUUUAAGCAGGCAUUUGGGCCUUAUCCAGAGUUGCUGGCAGAAAUAGAGAGGAUGGGAUUUGAGACCCCUUCACCAAUACAGUGUCAGUCAUGGCCAAUCUUGAUGCAAGGACAUGAUAUGAUCGGUAUUGCGCAAACAGGCACAGGAAAAACCUUGGCCUUCCUUCUGCCAGCACUGCUGCACAUUGUUGCUCAGCCAACCCCUCGUUGGGAACGUGUUGGGCCUACUUGUCUUGUUCUCGCUCCAACUCGAGAAUUGGCUCAACAAAUUGAAAAGGAGGUGUCUAAAUAUCAAUAUGAAAAUAUUAGAUGUGUGUGCGUAUAUGGUCAGGGCGAUAAAAAUCAGCAAAUUCAGAAGAUAAAUGCCAAAUCAGAAAUUGUUAUUGCUACUCCUGGGAGACUCAAUGAAUUUACCAGCAAAAGAGUCAUCGAUUUAAGUGGCGUAUCGUACUUGGUUCUGGAUGAAGCAGACCGUAUGCUUGACAUGGGAUUUGAACACCAAAUACGCAAGAUUGUAUUGGACAUACGUCCAGACAAACAGUGUGUAAUGACAAGUGCUACAUGGCCUGAAGGUGUUAGAGACCUGGCAAAAAAGCUGCUGAAGGAUCCUAUACAUGUUGUUGUGGGGAGUCUAGCUCUUCAGGCUGUGCACACAGUGACUCAACAUGUCACCUUCUGUACUGAGGAUGGGAAAAAGGAUGAGCUUUUGAAGUUUAUCAAGGGUAUGGCUACCGGUGAUAAGGCCAUUGUGUUUGUCGGAAGGAAGGUAAUGGUCGAUCAUCUUUCGGUCUUAAUGCUUGAAGCAGGACAGAUUGUACAGAGCAUGCAUGGUGACCGAGAACAGUGUGAUCGUGAAGAAGCAUUAAAUGAUCUAAAAACUGGGAAAGUCAAAGUUCUUAUUGCCACCGAUGUUGCUGCAAGAGGAAUUGAUGUUACUGAUGUGACACACAUUUUGAAUUAUGAUUGUCCAAGAGAUAUGGAGGAGUAUGUCCAUCGUGUUGGUCGCACGGGCCGAGCUGGUCGCACUGGCUGUGCUUGUACAUUAGUCACACGGGAGGACUGGAAGACCGCUGGCAAGUUGAUUGAAAUUUUGAAGAAGUCAAAUCAGGAGGUCCACCCUGAAUUAUACCGCAUGAAGGAACGUUGGGAGAAAGCCAGGACUGAAAAAAAUCUUCGUGAAAAUACAAGUCGGUAUAGAAAUAGGGGGCCUCAAGAUGUAUAUUAUUAAAGGACCAUUGAAGUAGUUUUAUAUAUGCUGUGCGUGCAAUAAUCAUUGAUAUUUAGUUAACGUACAACUAAUAUUCUGGUAUCUUUAAUGUAU